GCGGCGCUUACCCGAGCAGCACGGCUCUCCAGCAGGCGCUCGCUGCCUCUCCGCGCCGGAUCCGCAAGUGCAGUGGCGAGCAUGGCCAGGACGGCGGCUCGGAGCGGCCGCUCCCGGCGACGAGCCCACUAGUCGGCUGGCAGCUGCGAGGCAUGGGCCGCGAGGAGCCGCGGGCGCAGCGGCACCGCCGGCCGUCGGACCCGCUGGUGCUGCCGCUGGUGCUGCUGGUGCUGCUGCCACCGCUGCUGGGCCCGGUCGGCGGGGCCCAACGGCCCCACGACCAGAGGCUCCUGGACGUGAGGUCGAGCAUCGUCGAGGCGCUGGGACUCGCCGGCAUCCCCGACGUGGCCAAAGCGAACGUCAGCCAGGCGGAGUACGAAAGAGCGCACAACGAGUACCUGAGCAAGUUGCAGCGCAAGCGAGGAGGCGCGCACCGGAGGAGUCUGUCGGCGCUGCGCCCCAGCAGCAUCGAAGCCGGAGACGGAGAAACGGCACCGGUGAGCCUGAGCUUCCCGCCGGGCGGAGGCGGAGACCGCUGCGGCCUGGAGUCGGCGCUGCUGCGGCUGUUGCUGCAGCCCCGCGAGCGCGACGGCGACCCCGAGCAGGAGCUGGAGCUGCGCGUGUACGGCGAGGCGCCGGACGGCCGCGGCGGCGGCCGGGCGCUGGCCCGCCUGGGCCUCCGCGGCCUCGCGCCCGGCCGGCCGCGCUGGCUGCAGCUGGAGCUGCCCGCCGCGGAGCUGCGCCGCCGGCGGCCGCUGCGAUUACGCGCCCAGCUCGUGGCGGCCGCGGCGGCCGGCGGCUGGACGGCCCGCGGCCUGCGCGUGUCCGAGGCGGCGCUCAACCUGCACCUGGCGUGCGCGCGCGGGCCCGUGGGCCGGGCGCGGCGCAGCGCGCGCCGCGCCAGCGGCGUGGGCGAGCUGUGGUCGGUGCACCGCGGCCGGCGCAGCGAGUGCAAGGUCGCGGCCGGGCCCGGCGCCAAGAGGUGCUGCCGCCACGAGAUGAGCGUCAACUUCAAGGAGCUCGAGGGCUUCGAGUUCAUCGUGCAACCAAAGAGCUUCGACGCGGGCUUCUGCAAGGGGCGCUGCCCGCCGCGCUACAACCCGGCGCACCACCACGCGCUGCUGCAGAGCCUCAUCUGGAAGGGCGACCGCAGCAAGGCGCCGCGGCCCUGCUGCGCGCCCAGCAAGCUCGCCGAGCUCGAGAUCCUCUACUUCGACGAGAGCGAGCCGACCAAGCUCAAGGUCUCCAACUGGAAGGACAUGCGCGUGCUCGAGUGCGCCUGCUCCUGAGCGGCCGCCUGCCGAGCCCCCGACAACGGGGCCCGCGCCCCGCCGCCCCGCUCGCGCCCGACUCGUUGCGGCUCGUCGAGGCUCGUCGAACCUGCAGUCCAUCGCAGAGACUGUAAAUAUUGUGAUAUGCCUGAGCCGUUCUGUCUCGACUAAUGACUUGAAAUACUUACCGUCGCACCCGAACGCGCCUAGCCUUCGUACAUCGAUUCGCUCCACGGUUAUUUGGUCUUCAAUUGCAACAAUUGCCAUUUUCAUACGGCGCGCGCUGCACACUAUCGCCUUCGCGCGUCCUUUCAUCAGGCGCUCCGGCAUUAGACUGCAAUUUACAUUUCAUUCGUGUACAUUUCUGUUGCUUAAUUCGUACGUUUCCGAAAAACGAGUACAACGCGUGAAGCGCACACUUUUCUAUAUUUGAAAUCGCUCGCUCGAUUUUUCUCUCGCGACUUGCACGUAUUAUAUAUACAUAAUACUCAACUGUAUGUCCAUAGUGCGCAUACGAGGCCAGUUUUGGAUCAAUGCAUAUGGUUGUAUUGCACAUUUGGCGAUGAGAGGAACGAAGAAAAAUCAACGUCAAUCGGUUCCUCGAGACUUUAUUGAUAUCGAAUGAAAGCAUCUUCGGCAAACCAUUGCAUACGAAAAACUGCGCGGUACUUCCGUCCCAAAGUGGCAGCUUUGCAGUUUCGUCUAAUUGGAAAAAGGCAAACGUUUUUGAGCCCGUUGGAGCCCGUUUGACCCCGUGUGCUCGUGCCGAGAUCGAAGAUGAAAAGCGUCGUUAAACGGACAUUCGUUUCUCCGCUAGUGAAAGUUACGCGGGAGUUUGUUGGUUUUUACCCCGACGUCAGAUUAUACUUCGGUCCGACUUAUUAACGACUAAUCGAAUGUUGGUACUUAUAAGAUCAACGAUCGAUAAAACUACAUGUUACCUUAAAAUUAUCGAAACUCCUGGGCGCUCUUCUACUUUGUUUUAGGAAUAUUCAUUUAUGCUAUACUAUUCCAAUCAUAUUGGUAUCGGUACAAAGCUUGUACGCGGCAUGUAUAUUCCAUGUGUGAACUGUGAUAUAGAUAUUUAUAUAGCUGUAUAGAUAUUUAUAAGUAUAUGAAUAAAUAACUAUAAAUAUAUACAUACAUGAAAUAUAUAUAGUGGAUUAGUAGAUGUUACGCGCAUUAUUUUUGAGAUAAAUGCUCCACCGCGUAGGCUGCAUUUCAAUUUUAUUUGAAAAUACAAACCAAGCUUUGAAAACAUUGUCGAUAGCGUGACAUCUUCAAUGAAUCAAGCAUUGUAGUAAGCACAAAGUCAAACGCGUCAUGAAAAUCGUUUAUGCGCAGUUCGAAGCACACUGAUUUCGAACAAAAGCCGUUUGUGAGUCUAGAUUUUUGUAUAUCACGCUUGUAACUAAUUUAUUAUUUGUUUAAAGUACCAUUUCUCAACAGGUGUGGUCGAUCAACUAUCAGCCAAUACCUCACUCAUGUAUUUCUAAAGACAUAUAACGUACACGUCGUUGCACUGCUUAUUCGAGAGAAAAUAAAAUCGUGUAAGUGAAGAUGGCUUCACAAUACUUUCUUGAUGUAGGCAAACCGGUUAGACGUAUGCUGUCACUUUAUAUACCUACAGCCGGUGCUGCCAAUUCGUAUAAUUGAUUUUGAUAGUGAAAUGUAAAAGAAAUCGAUAAUAAAACCCUUCGUAUGUUCU